AUGAAUUCAACCAGUAAUAUGGUCAAUUAUAGCAAAAUAGGUACUAUUAUUUUUUACACAAUUAUUUAUAUACCUGGUUUUAUCGGUAAUAUUUUAUCAUUAUUAACAUUUUCAACUGGCCCAAUGAGAAAAGUAUCAAGCGGCAUAUUUCUUCUUAUACUGUCAAUUAGUGACACUCUAGCAUUAAUGACCACAUUAUGGUAUCUACUAUCUGAUGUCUUUCAAAUUGAAUUAUCAACUUAUUCUGCAUUAGGAUGUAGAUUCCGUCACUUUUUUGCGGCGGUAUUUAUGGACACGUCAUCAUGGUGCUUGACUGCGCUAAGCUUCGAUCGUUUUUUAAAAACACAAUUACCCAUACGAUCAAAAUCGAUAUCAACACCAAAAAAUGCACUAAUAUCCAUUAUGAUUAUCUUCAUUCUUUUAUGUGGUCUCAAUAGUCAUCUUUUUUCAGCUGGUAUGGGUCAAGAACGGGAUAAAAACACAACACUGGCUCAUUGUAGAGACAAUAAAGAUGAUUAUCCUCAAUACUAUCAUUUUAAAAAAUUGAUAUGGCCAAAUAUUGACAUGAUUAUUUUCUGUCUUCUACCAGCGUUGAUUAUGAUUAUAUCAAAUAUAAAAAUCAUUCACAACAUUAAACGGCAGCGACGAAAUGUUGAUACGAACAACGGCAAUAACAAGAAGAAAAAGUUUAUGGAAAAUCAAAUGAUGUUUAUGAUGUUUGCAUGUGUUGUAUUGUUUAUUAUAACAACAUUCCCAUUGACAAUUUAUUUAGUUUUGUUGGAACGUACUAUUGGUCACUAUAAUAAUUAUUAUAGAGACAGACAAUAUUGGCAAUUUAUUUUGAGGAUGCUUCGACUACUUAACUAUUUACAUUUUGGAGUUAAUUUUUAUUUAUAUUGCUUAACAAGUCAACUAUUUAGACAAGAAUUUAUCCGAGUGAUCACUUGGGGUAGACGAAAUAAACGAAAAUGGACAUCAACAGAAUAA